AUGGGGGACAGUAAGAAUAAUGAUGUUAUAAGCGAGAAAAUUAUCAAUGCAGCUAAAAAAAAUCCGAAAGGAGUUUCUGCUAAUGACAUUGCAGCAGCAGUGCCUGAACUUUCAUCUGCAGAACUUGUUGGUGCCAUAAAUAAGCUUUUACAACAGAGUCUUUUUGAUUUAUUUAAUCAAAAUGGGACACUACUAUAUAAAUUGAAAAAUCAAACAUCUAAACAAGCCACAAAAGGAGCUGACAAUGAAGAGAAAGUUGUAUACAAUCUCAUAGAAGAAGCAGGCAAUAAGGGUAUAUGGAUAAGAGAUAUAAGAAUUCGUUCAAAUCUAGCUAACACUCAGCUCACGAAAGUAUUAAAAAGUCUUGAAAGUAAAAAAGUUAUUAAAGCAGUUAAAUGUGUCAAUGCAUCCAAAAAAAAAGUUUAUAUGCUUUACAACUUAGAACCAGACCGCUCAAUAUCAGGAGGAGCAUGGUAUCAAGAUCAGGACUUUGAAUCUGAAUUUGUUGAUAUAUUAAAUCGGCAAUGUUUAAGAUUCUUACAACAGAGAGCAGAUAAAAUAAAGAAUAAUCCUAGAGGACCUAUAGUAGGGAGAACACAGUCUUACGCUACUGCUGCAGAAGUACAAAAAUACAUAACUGAUUUAGGUAUUAGCAAAGUAAAACUAGAAGUUGAAGAUGUUAUUACAAUUUUAGAUACACUGGUUUAUGAUGGAAGAGCUGAAAGUAAUGUAUAUCCAGAUGGUAAUAAAGUUUAUAGAGCCAUAGAAUUUCUUAUACCACCUCCAGGUUUAGUGCAAGUUCCUUGUGGAGUAUGUCCCCUAAUUCAUAAAUGUUGCUCUACAGGUUUAAUUACACCCCAAGAUUGUAAAUAUAUUAGUGAAUGGCUUGAACAA